AUGUCGACAGCCGCUGAUAAUGGUGUCAAUGAUACGACUCGCAAGAACCUAAUUCUCAAUUAUUGCUUCAUCGCUCUCUCCGGCCUGGUGCUCUAUGAAUAUAUCAUCACAAUUAGCGACGAAAUACAACUAUUUUGGGACCGGCGUCCUACCACCUGGUCGUUCUUCCUGUUCACUUCCAACCGACUCAUCAUGAUUGGUCUGGUCGUUACUGGGGCUUUAACGGUGGCACCGGCCGAUCGUGUGACGUCGUCACAGCUGGUACCUGAGUACGGCUACGUUAGGAACUGGGUUGGUCCCACUGGGAAUCAAUAUCUGACCAUCGCUUCUCGCACCAGCGCCAUGGUCUCCGACAUCAUAGUCAUUGUGGUGACUUGGUACUACACUUACAACCGAUACCGAUACCCGCUCCAACUGCAAGAUCAACCAUCACUUACAUUACUGAUGCUCAGAGAUGACUAUUCAAGUCCUACAGAUCUUCAUGAUUCCGAAGGCUCCUCCACAGACUUGCAGGAUUUAUCGUUUAUUGAUGCGUCGACUCGCCUACAUCAACAACUAGAGCUUGGUGAUGAUGAGAGCGUUACGCUUGCAGGAACAAUCGAGCUGGAUGAUGUGGUAGACCGGGACCAGCUCGACUUGAAAAGUGGAUCCGUUUUCGGAAAGAGUGAUAGCCCAGUGGGAACUGGUGACAAUUUUGCGAAAGAUACACCACAAAGAUGUAUGGCAGGUGUCUUGAACACGAGUUUGCGUGAGAUCAGUGGUCAACUGAUCUCGGAAGUUGUCCACAAUCUAACGCCAGUAUUCGAAGCGCACCGUGACACAUAUGUUGCUAUGGCGUUGCACGCUUGCUCAUACUUCACUGCUGGUAGCAAGUUCCACCAGAGCUUGGAGAUGGCUAGGGCAAGUCUUGCCAACUUUUUCCCGAAGUACCAAGAGUGGAAUGAAGCUGCCAAAUUGCACGUGUGGGUGUCUCAAGAUGCAGACGCUAUUCUGCUCUACGAGUACAUCAUCACUAUCUGGCGGGAAGUGACGCUGGUUUGGAAUCGCCGUCACGGUUCUGCCUGUUUCAUCCUUUUUCAAUUAAAUCGGCUUGUCAUGCUUGGGUUGAUAAUCACCGGGGCAUUGAUUGUGGUACCUGCGAGCCAGCUAAUGGCGGUGGUAUUUCCUUACAGCAUCCUGAUACAGGCUACCUAUGCUCUUUGGGCUGGUUUGUCAGCAAUUCGUGUCUUUGCUCUUAGCAGUCGUCAUCUAAUUCUCACUGCGGUGACACUCAUCACGGGCCUAAUUCCUUUUGGAAUCAAUAUAUACCCGAUGUCCCCCAAUAUGGAUGUUUGCGAAUUUGAAUACAACUAUUACGUUCCCCCGCAGUUUUCCACAGUGGCCAGGGCGAGCUCGAUGAUUUCAGAUGCAAUUGUCAUCAUUGUGACCUGGUACUACACCUACACGCGGCAUCGCAAUGUGUUUAGACUGGACUGCCAAGCGUCACUGGCUGCGUUGCUCAUUCAAGACGGGACAUUAUACUUCGUAAUAUUCCUGAUUAUGAACAUCGCCAGGAUCAUUGUGGUUUGCACACAUAUCAUCGACAUCGUUCCAGAAUUCAUGGUUACUAUUCUAACACUCGUGUGCGCCUCAAGCCUCUCGACCGUCCUCAUCCAAGCUCCUCUGAUCUACGGAUCCUGUCCUUUCCCCCCAACGCAAGUCGCGAAUGUGGGUCGCCGAUUGGCUGUGAGCCUCCAUCUCAAUCUGGGCCUCAGAGGGUAUCUGGGUGGUAUGGACGAGGACAUGAACUUGGAGCAUGGGAAUAACGGAGAUGCACUCGAGAUUGAAGAGGAACUAAGAUUUUGCGAGACGCAAUCUGAUAUGUCCAGAUUGAUCUAUCCACCUGCACGCACAUCAGGGACACCCCACCCCGACUUACUGGGGGCCAUCCAUAUAACGUUCACAUUCAUCGAGAGAGUUAUGUCAGCCUUAAAGCGUAUCGCCCAUAAGAAGCCCGACACCUGCCCUCCUCGCAUGAACGAUCCUGCGCUCGCUAUGCCAACACCGACUCAAGACCAAAUCAUCGAGACGGCGCGUAAAAAUGCCGCCCUCCAAUAUUGCUAUGUGGCAAUGUCGGGCCCCAACGUGACGGCUUGGCCUGAUGUUGGUGUUCGUGGUCGCACAGGUCAUCUAUCCUAUGAAUAUUUCAUCACAAUCGGGAGCGAAAUCAACAUGAUAUGGUGCCAUCGACGCACUACGCCGUCCUUCUGCCUGUUCCUGAUCAAUCGAGUGAACAUGCUUGGCCUCAUCGUCACUGGGGUGUUCAUCACUAUGCCUGCGAGUAAACUCACAGUACAUAUUCACAGCUGCGAGGCAGCUGUCCUGCCCUACAACGUGUUUCACGUAGCUACCUAUGCUACGUGGGCCGGCCUGUCUACGCUCCGGGUGUUUGCACUGAGCGGUCGGAAUGUCCUCCUCACGGGAAUUACGCUGAUCACAGCUCUAUUCACCCUUUCCAUUAAUAUACUUGCUGAGUGCUACCGGCUUCCAGUGUGCACCGCGUCUGGGCUGAGCUCGAUGAUCUCAGACACCAUCGUGGUGGUCAUCACAUGGUACUACACGUAUGCACAGUAUCGAAACACACACAUGCUCAAGAUGCAGGCAUCGCUUACCGGGAUGCUUCUCAGAGACGAUCAUCAAUAUAAUCCCGGAGUUCAUGAUGUCGUAAGCACGAUCGAGAAUCCGCCGUACGGUGUGGGAGAUGACGGACUGGACGGCGGCAGGAUAUCGACCGUCCUUGUGUCGAGAUACUUUCUGGAUCUGCGGGAAGUGGCCUAUGACUCGACGCUCGCAGAUCCGUGGUCUGGGUCUGGACUGUAUAGUCUUCCGUUCCUUCGUCCGCCGUUUGGAGGACGUGAACGGUGCGCCCAGCGGGAACCGGCCAUGUAUGUGGCAGAUGCCACCGCGGGUAUAUCGGAGGGACACGGAGGGACGAACACGCCCGAUGGUGUGCGUGAAGGCACGAACGACGAAAUGGUGUAA